CUUCGGUCUAUCCAGCUGUCCGGCCCGGCCUGGUCCGCGCAGUCCCGGAGCGGCCCCCUGUCCGGCCACCGGGCCACAUCUACAACAUGAGUGGCCUCCGGGUCUACAGCACCUCGGUCACCGGUUCUCGGGAGAUCAAGUCCCAGCAGAGUGAGGUGACCCGCAUUCUGGAUGGGAAGCGGAUCCAGUACGAACUGGUGGAUAUCUCCCAGGACAACGCCCUGCGGGAGGAGAUGAGGACCCUGGCCGGGGACCCCAAGGCCAUCCCACCCCAAAUAUGCAACGGGAACCAAUACUGUGGGGUAAGGGACUCCAGGCCGAGCUGUAGGGGUGUGGAUAAAGGCAGAAUCCCCGACACCCCAGCGCUCAGGGUGCCCUUUCUUCCCCAGGACUAUGAGCUCUUCGUGGAGGCAGUGGAACAGGACACCCUGCAGGAGUUCCUGAAGCUGGACUGACCCCCCCAGAGUCUGCCCCAAUUCCUUCUCCCGACUUCCUCUCCCAGCCCUGGAGGACCCUGGGACCAAUUUCUAUACCUGUACUGUAUAUCCAGUUCUCAGAUCCAGACCCCAUGUCCCCUCCCGGACACUGCCCACACGGCCUGUGCUCCUGGACCAUUCCAUUCCCUGUAGGCUACAUUCCAUGCCCAUCCAUCAGUCUUAGAACAUCCCUGCUCCUUCCCCUCCCCCUCAUUCCUCAGCCAGCACAGGGGCUCUGGGGAGGGACCUUCCCUCCUGCUGCCACCCCUCCCAAAGGCAGCCACCUGGUGACCAGCUGAGCGGGGCCCUGUUCUCUCCACAGGAGAUUAAAUGUUAUGUUCUAGUUGGCUCGGA